AUGAGGAUAAUAUACUUUCCACGAACACGAUUUCUAUCGCUUCUUGUUCUUAUUAUUCUCUUGCUCAUCGGUCCACAAGCAAAAGGAGAAGAAGAGUUGAAUAAGAAUGAUUCAACAAUGAAUCAUCAUCCGACUGCACAUGAAGUCAACAAUACUAUUACUACUACUACUACUACUACGUCUGCUGCUUCUACUACCUCCAAAGAAACAAACAAUGUCCAAGUCUUUCUGCCUACGCUCGAAGUCGAGUAUAUUUGUGGCCACGACAUUCGUCCAACCUUUAAUGCGACCGAAACCUUUCAAAAUUUGUAUCAGACACUCCUUCCGGACAUGCAAGAACCUCAACUUACUCUCAUCGAACGCAUUACUGGAAUGGACUUUCUAUUAAGGGCAUAUGGCAAACAGAAAUGUAAGCUCUGGGGUUGUAAUACUACUUCACCACAAGUAUUAAUGACCUUUAAAGUCAAAGGCUUUGCGUCCUUUGAUCGCUCUUCGGAAGACAUUGCUGCCAUGAAUGAAGUGAUUAAUCAUCAGACUGUCCGAUCCUACUUUGACACAAAGGUUUGCAAUGAUAAUGAUCUGAGUCAAUUUCGAGUCUUUGUGGAAAGUCCCUUUCGAAAAGAAUCCAAAUCCGAAAAGUUUGAUCAAGUUCAACACCAUUUCAAUUUACUUUGUGAUGGCGUCAAAUAUGUCUACGAUGCCGACGAAGACUAUGAUGGAGAUCCUAUUUUCGUGCUCUUUGGCAUCGUUGCAGGAUAUUACAUGUUCCGAAUGGUGGCCAUUGAACUGCAAAAAUAUGGGCGCAACAUUAGACGAAGCUAUGAAGGGAUUCCAAGUAGCGACGACGACGACGACGAAGAAGUGGAAAUGAUAUGA